AUGUUAUCGGUUCCUCAACCUCGACAAUACUAUUGCAAAGAUUUCGGACAAUCAUCAUUGUUGUUUGCCUAUCGUGGUUUUUGUUAUUCUGUAACAUCUGAACUUGUGCCAUGGACACAAGCUGUCAAUUAUUGUCAGCAACAUUUUCAUAAUGUAUCACAUCAGCAAGCAUCUCUAUUAAUAUUUGAUGAAGAAAAUAGUAACGAUGAAUUUCAAUAUAUAAAACAAAUAUUUAUGUCAUAUAAUCAAUCAGCAACAAAAUUGAGUGCCUCCAUCGGAUUUAGUUAUCAAAAUAAUACAUGGAUAUGGUUAGAUGGUCGAAAAGUUGAUUUUAGAGAAACACCACCAUCUAUUUAUGCGACAAAAAAUUCAAUAUUUCCCUAUGAACAAUUGAUGUGUGGAAUUAUUGAAUUACGUCGUUUACCAAAUGAAACAAAAUUUGGUUUAAUGCAACAAGAAUGUUUAACACCUGAAAGAGUUUUUUGUAAAUUAGAAGUUGAUUAUUGUUUCGAAAAUGAUAAAUGUGGUCUCAAUGGUGUUUGUAGUAAUGAAGAUGGAGAAUUUCGUUGUGAAUGUGCAUUUUUGUACGAUGGAGUAUAUUGCGAUGAAUAUAGUUCCGAAGCGAUCCAGGUAAUCAUCGCAAGUCUAUUUGUGGGUUUAGCAUGUAUAGUUAUAGCUGUAUGCAAGAAAGCCCAACAAAUACAAAACAAAACUUUCAUAAUGAAACAUUAUGAACAAAAUGAUGUUGCUGCUCGUGAUCAUCUUUUAAAUUUGAAUGAUAAUAAAUCAUUAAAUAAAUUUAAACAAAUUGGUUCAAUUUGUUUUCAAAAAUUUCCAAAAUGGAUUCAUCAUUCCUCAUUAUCAACAUCAUCAUUGCAAGAUAGUUGUUCUAAACCAUCGCUACCACCGUCUAUUCCACAUCUCAAUCAUUUAAAACAGUCAUGUCAUCGUUCGAAUCGUCAUCGAACAAAAACAAAAACAUCAAAUGGUCUAUUAACAUUUGUUCAAUCAUUUUUAACUGUUGCCGUUGCUGGUGUUGCCAUUGUUUAUAUUUGUGUUCGACGUACAAGUUCAAUUUAUGAUUAUGAUCAACAAUAUUCAAAACAGCAACAUAAUCAUUCAUUAUUAAAAUUAAAAGAUUCUAUUGGCUUGAAAUCGAGUAAUGAUGAAAAUCGUACGGUUAUAACACCUAUUAUCAUGAAAAAAUCUUAUAUCUGCCGAUUAAUUGGAUCAAAUUAUGUAAAUCAAAAUGUAUUUAUGUUGCCAUUUUCAGCAUUAUUAACAUUUAUUUUAUUUUUACUCUAUCAAACAAUUCAACAAGCAUCAUCUGUAUCCAUUCAUCAUCAUCAUCAUCAAUAUCGUUGGUUUUUUCAACGUUUAAAAUUUCCUAUUAUUUUAAAUCCAUUUCAAAAAACUGAUCGAUUUCAUACUGUCAUCUUAUUUGGUGUUAUAUCAAAUCAAAUUAUUAAUCUAUUAAUUGAAGUACUACUAAAACCACAGACAGACAUACGAUUAGGUAUUCUAUUUGAUUUAAUUCGUCGUCUUGGUCUCGUGAUACUUUGUGGUGCUCGAUAUUUUCCAAUAUUAAUUAGUUUAAAUGUUCAUUGUUUAACAUCAACAUUUUUAACAUCUCUCUUUAUUACAUUUGAUUUAGGAUUGUCUGUUUAUUGUGAAGCACAUUGUAUUCAAUCUUUAAAUGAUCAUUUAUCAUCAACUAUAUCCAUGAUCCAUUCAUCAUCUCGUGUUCAAUUAGACAUUGCACGUAUUCAUUAUGUAUUAGCCAAAUGUCUUCCACAUUAUGUUGCAUUAGCUCACAUUAUGGCACGAUUUUAUACAUUAACACUUAAACAUUUUCUCUAUUUAUGUAAAGGUAAUGAACGAUGGUCUCAUAAUUAUAAAAAAUCAACAAUAAAUACAAACACAAUGUAUAAUACUAUUUCAAAAGAAUUUGAUAAUGAUUGGUAUUAUACAAAAUCAUUGAUGAAACAUGGUUCAAUGCCAAAUUAUUAUUUGUAUACAUCUCAAUUACAAACACAAUCAAAAACAUUUAAAGAAAUUCUUCAUAAAUUUUAUAAACCACGACCUUAUUUUCGUUACUCAUUACUUGUUUUAUUUACCUAUACUGUAUCAUUUUUAGUAUUAUAUUAUUUAACAUGUUUACUAAUAUUUUCAAGUACAUUUACACUACGUCUUUUGAUGACUGUAACUGGAAAUAUUUUAAUGAAAUUAAUUCAGUUAUCACCAAUUACAAUUAAUAUUCAAACAGCUAAUUUUGAAAAAUUAACAUUUACAAAUGAAAUAUUUAUAUCGGCAUUUAUAUCAGCAUUUAUCUACAUUAUUCAAUUAUUAUUAGGUUUGAAACAGUAUCAAUUACACAUGUUAAAAUAUUAUCGUGGUGCCUAUGAUAAACAGUAUCAUUUAGACAAUUCUUCAUCUGUAUUAGCUAAGAGUUUUCAUUAUAGUGGUUAUCAAGUGGGCUAUUUGGCUUAUGGUUUUGUGAUAAUAAAUUAUAUUGUAUUUAUUAUUUGUCUAUUUCUUCGUUUAUUAUUUAUUCAUCCAUUAUUAAUUAAAUUUGUUGUUAAAUUUAUUGCACCAUUAUUUAUUCUCUAUGCUCUAAAACAUGUUAUUAUUUAUUGUUUAACACGUUAUUUCUUUUCUCAUUUAUUAAAAUCAACAGCAACAACAACAACAACAGUUGAAGAUAAUACACAACAAUCGUCUAUUUAUUGUACACCGGAUUUAGUUACACAUCAAGAACAUCAACAAUAUUUAUUUUCUUUAGAAAAUCGUCAUGCCUAUUUUCUAUUUGUUUAUUUUAAUUUUUUCUUUGACUGUUUUUUGGGUAUAAUUAGUUGUAUUAUUCGAUUAUUUAAAUCAACAAUAGCUGUUAUACUCUAUAUGCCAAGACUUGAUUAUUCAAUAUUUGGUAGAACAUUAGAACAAUAUGAUGUGGGUUAUACAUCUUAUAUAUCUUAUAUUUAUGUAGAAUCUAUUCAUACUCAUCCAAUAUUAAUCUCAUUUACACAAAUUGUUUAUAUGAAUAUUCUCAAACAAAGAUUAGAAAAAAUAACUGAAUAUGAUAGAAAAAAACAGCGUAUCAAAUUCAAAUGGUUAAUUGCUUAUACAUUAUUGAAAAAUUUAUCAUUGAUAACAACAAGAAAACAAUCGAGAAAACAACGUCAAUUAUUAAUAUCAUCAUCCUUGAAUAGGACAAUAAUAGAUUCUACCACUAAUAGUGGCGAAAAACAACAUAUUAUUAUGGAACCAUUUAAUUCGAGGACCGGUGAUGUUUAA